AUGACGAGGGGGUUAAGAUUCAUGUGUUGGCCCCUGUGGCCUCUGGCCCUCUUUAGCCUUCUUACUACAGUGGAGAUGCUGGAAUUUGGUGGGGCACCUGGCCAGUGGGCACGCUACGGGCGGUGGGAAGCUGGAUCAGUGGGCGAGCUGAGCUUCAGUCUUAAGACCAACAUCAGCAAAGCCUUGGUACUCUACCUGGACGAUGGUGGCAACUGUGACUUCUUGGAGCUGUUGAUUGCUGGAGGGCGCCUCCAGUUGCGGUUUGCCAUCCACUGUGCCGAGCCAGCCACUUUGCACAUGGAGACACGGGUGAAUGACGACCGCUGGCACAUGGUCUUGCUCACCCGCAACUUUCGCGAGACCCUACUAAUGGUGGAUGGGGAGACAAAAGUGGCUGAGGUCAAGUCGAAGAGGAAGGAAAUGGCGGUGGUCAGUGACCUGUUUGUGGGUGGGAUCCCGCCUGAUGUACGCCUCUCUGCCCUGACGUCCAGCACAGUGAAAUAUGAGCCACCCUUCCAGGGCUUGAUCUCCAAUCUGAAGGUGGGGGAGAUGCCUCCUACCUUGUUAAACAGCCAGGGCAUUCAGAGUGACCUGGAGUACCUCUGCACCAAACAGAACCCAUGCUUCAAUGGAGGGUUUUGCUCUAUUCAGUAUGGAGAAGUUCACUGUGACUGCACCCACACGCGCUUCAAGGGGAAGUACUGCAAGGAAGCUGAAGAGUAUGCUGUUGAAGGUCUGGCGCACCUGACGUUAAACGACCAAGGUGACUCAUCUCAAGUUGGUAAGGAAGAGUCAGUAGCCACCUUCAAGGGCAACGAGUUCUUCUGCUACGACCUGUCCCUGACACCCAUCCAGAGCAGCACCGACGAGAUCACGCUUUCUUUCCGAACACUGCAACGCAACGGCCUCAUGCUCCACACCGGCAAGUCAGCUGACUAUGUGAACCUUUCCCUGAAGAGUGGCGCUGUUUGGCUGGUCAUCAACCUGGGCUCGGGGGCCUUCGAGGCUCUGGUGGAGCCCGUCAAUGGCAAGUUCAACGACAACGCCUGGCAUGACGUGCGCGUCACCCGCAACCUGCGCCAGCACGCAGGCAUUGGACACGCUAUGGUGACCAUCUCAGUUGAUGGUAUUUUGACAACAACUGGUUACACCCAGGAGGAUUACACCAUGUUGGGCUCUGAUGACUUCUUCUACAUUGGAGGGAGCCCCAACACAGCAGACCUGCCCGGAUCACCAGUCAGCAACAACUUUAUGGGCUGCCUUAAAGAUGUGGUGUACAAGAACAAUGAUUUUAAGCUGGAGCUGUCGCGGCUGGCCAUCGAGCGUGACCCCAAAAUCACCCUGAAUGGCGAUCUGGUGUUCCGAUGCGAGGACGUGGCAGCCCUGGACCCUGUGACCUUCGAGACCCCUGAGUCCUACAUCUCCCUGCCCAAGUGGAACACCAAGAAGACAGGGUCUAUCUCCUUUGACUUCCGCACUACAGAGCCCAGCGGCCUUCUGCUGUUCAGCCACGGCCGCCCUCAGGGUCCUAAAGAGCAGAAGCCCGGCAGGGAGCUGAAGACUGAUUACUUUGCCAUGGAGCUUCUGGAUGGGUAUUUGUACCUGCUGAUCGAUAUGGGCUCCGGGAAAACAAAGCUCAAAGCCAGCAACAAGAAGGUCAAUGAUGGGGAAUGGUGCCAUGUGGAUUUCCAGAGAGAAGGGAGGAAAGGAUCCAUCUCAGUCAACAGCCGCAGCAUGCCCUUCAGUUCCCCAGAGGGAAGUGAAAUCCUGGACCUGGACAGUGAUAUGUACCUGGGCGGGCUGCCUGAGUCCAAGUCAGACCUCAUCCUGCCGCCAGAAGUUUGGACAGCACUCCUUAACUACGGCUACGUAGGAUGCGUCCGCGACCUCUUUAUCGACGGCAAGAGCCGCGAUGUUCGUCGCCUGGCUGAGAUCCAGAGUGCUCUUGGUGUCAGCAGUUUCUGCACUCGUGAGCUCCAGAAGCGGUGCAGCAGCGCCCCCUGUGGCAACGGGGGUCUGUGCAAAGAGGGCUGGAACCGCUACAUUUGUGAUUGCAUUGGCACCGGAUACCUUGGUACCAAUUGUGAGAUAG